AUGUUGAGUCGAUCAUGUAUUCUCCGAACGGCUGCACUGAUUACAGCUCAUGAAACUGGUAUACGCAUAAAAGAUUCAUUAGUGGCCGCUUCAGCUCCACCCAAUUAUGUGGCUGUUUCUGACAAGGAUCUGGAUAGUGCUGCAAAGAAGACACCUGGUUCACCGCAACAACAGUCACCAGCCCAUCUCUUUGGUGAUCAACAUAAUGAUGUAAAACCAGUAGCGAAAGAUUCACUCAAUCAAGUGGGUGAUAAGAACUUUAUACCAGUGGCUGAGUUACCGGGUACGCUUCUUUCUUCGGAAACGCUCGAGUUUUUGAUUUUUAUCAGUGCUGAUGAUCGUGAUCGGAACAGAUGGAUCAGAAAUUUGGAUCAUUUUUUUGAAGUAUGA